ACAAACCGCCACGAGCACAUAACCCGGUUCUUUUUUCGUUAGCGUCCGUCGUGAACGAUAAUCCACGUGCUUGUUCUCUUCUGAAGCUAAGGCCUAACCUCGGGCGACCUGCACGUUUAAUUAUUAAAAAAUGUCGACCAAAGCCGAACUCGCUUGCGUUUACGCUUCCCUCAUCCUCACCGACGACGAUGUCGCCGUCACUGGUGAGAAGAUCCAAACCAUCCUCAAGGCUGCCGGCGUAGACAUUGAGCCCUACUGGCCCGGUCUUUUCGCCAAGGCUGUAGAAGGUCUUAAUGUCAAGGACCUGAUCACCAACAUUGGAUCAGGAGUUGGAGCUGCCCCAGCUGGUGGUGCUGCACCAGCAGCCGCUGCCGUCGCUGAUGCUCCAGCAGCCAAAGAGGAGAAGAAGAAGGAAGAACCUGAAGAGGAAUCCGAUGACGACAUGGGAUUCGGUCUCUUUGACUAAACCAUGGAUCAUGGAAAUAAUAUUUGUACAGUUUUAUUGUACAAAAAUUAAAUAAAACAAACUAAAAAAUCAUA